CCUUUAAAGAAAUCAACAGUUUUCAAUUACAGGCCUAGGAGCACACUUGGAGUUCUCUCUUGAAAUUCAAAUUUCCAAUGACCACUUUUAAAACUGAAAACCGUCACGGCUAUUCGGUAAAGUUUUCACCGAAUCGAUCAAACCUUUUAGCCAUAGGCACGUCACAAUAUUAUGGGUUUAAAGGUGGCGGAACGUUGUUUUUGGUAACGUAUGACGAAGACAGGUGUCUAAUAACCAAAAAGUAUGAAAUGCAUUGGGAAGACGGUCUGUUUGACGUGGUGUGGAGCAGAUCUGUGUACAGUUUAUUGGUGACCGGCAGCGGAGACGGAACCGUGCAGAUGUGGAAUUAUAAAUAUCCAUCACAAAAACCUGUAAGAACGUUUAACGAACACAAGAAAGAGGUGUGCAGCGUAGAUUGGUGUCAAAACUCCGUAGACGAUUUUUUGUUGUCUGCGUCGUGGGACUGUUCGGUAAAACUUUGGGAUCCCAACAAGCAUUGUUCGCUGACGACGUACAAGGGACACGACAGACUGGUUUACGAAGCAAAAUGGUCUCCAUUCUUGUCUUCGUGUUUUGCGUCGGUUUCAGGCGAUGGGAUGUUGAACAUCUGGGAUUGUUCGUCACCGCUGCGGCCGAGCGUCAAAAUAAAUGCUCACCAAGCAGAGAUAUUGAGCUGUUCGUGGAACCAGUUUUACCCGUUCGUAUUGGCGACCGGUGGGGCCGAAGGGUUGAUCAGAAUAUGGGACAUACGGAAACUGUUGACGCCGAUAUUCCAGCUCGAGGGUUGCCAGGAUGCAGUGAAACGAGUCCAGUGUUCGCCUCACCACUGGUCCACGUUGGUUUCGGCGUCAUAUGAUUGCACGACAAAGUAUAUAUACACAAAAAUUACAUAUUUUAUUUUUUUAAAGACAAACUAUAUCUCAAUCAUUAUAAUGUAUAGGAUAUGGGAUUACGGUGUGUCGUCGGAACCGCUGCAGAGCCAUCAAAACCAUUCCGACUACGUGUACGGUCUGGACAUGAGUUCUGACCAGGACGGAUUGAUGGCCGACUGCGGUUGGGACGCCGAAGUGCGUGUAUUUCGGAUCUGAGAUGAUGCAGCA